UUGACUCUUUGUUUCACAACAUAAUAAGCAAAUCAUCAUAUUCUGCUUUCUUUUUCAUCCCCUGUUUCUUUUGUUUGUAAAACCUCUAAACUCUCUUCACCAACUUUAUAAAUUCACUCCAUUUUUCAGCAUUAAAUUGGUGCGAAUACAAUGAAAAAUCGCAAUAUAUAUUUCCUACUGGAGCAGCUCUCUUGUUUUGUACUACUUGUUCAUGUGGUUUUAGCUGCAAAUUAUGCUCCCAGGGAUAAAAUUUUGCUAAAUUGCGGUGCAAAUGGUGAAACAAGUGAUAUUGAUGGUAGGAAAUGGAUCACGGAUAUUGGAUCAAAGUAUGUACCACCUGGAAUGAAUUCAAUAGUUUCAGAUGCUACUCUUCAAAAACCGUCUGUUCCUAUAACUCCUUACAUGACUGCUCGGGUAUUUUCAUCUGAAUACACUUAUAGCUUUCCAUUAGCAUCUGGCAGGAAGUUUCUACGCCUUUACUUCUACCCUGCAGAUUAUCCUAACUUUGAUGUUACUAAAGGCGUUUUUUCUGUAAACGCUGGACAGUAUACUCUUUUGAAAAACUUUAGUGCAUAUGAUACCGCUACUAAUCUCAACUAUGAUUUCAUUUCUAAAGAGUAUUCUAUAAAUGUGGAAUCUGGGACUUUGAAUGUGACAUUUACUCCUUCUCGGGACACUCCUAAUUCGUAUGCAUUUAUCAAUGGGAUUGAAAUUGUAUCUCACCCUGAUAUAUAUGCGGGAACUUCUAUGCUUGUUGGUACAUUCGGAAGUUUUGACAUUGAUAACUUUACUGCUCUUGAGAAUGUAUACCGGUUAAAUGUUGGCGGGCAGGCUAUUUCAGUUAAUGGGGAUACCGGGAUGUAUAGACAGUGGGAGGGUGACACUGCUUAUAUUUUUGGCACUGCUAUUGGGGUUUCUGUUGAUACUGAUCAAAAUAUAACGAUUAGUUAUCCUGCAGGAAUGCCAGAUUAUGUUGCACCAGUUGAUGUGUAUGAAACUGCUAGAUCCAUGGGUCCAACUCCAGAAAUCAACCUUGGAUUCAAUCUUUCUUGGUACUUUGACGUUGAUACCGGAUUCUCAUACCUGGUUAGGCUUCAUUUUUGUGAAGUUGCUCCGGAUAUUACUAAAAUUAACCAAAGGGUGUUCGAAAUUUUUAUAAACAAUGAAACUGCACAGCCGGACGCAGAUGUUAUUGCUUGGACAACCAAGAGUAAGGUUCCUGUAUAUAAAGAUUAUGUUGUAUAUCUUCCAUCCGAGAGUCCGAGACAAGAUCUGUGGCUUAAAUUGCAUCCCAACACUUACAUGAAACCAAACAGAUUUGAUGCAAUCUUAAACGGUUUGGAGAUAUUCAAAAUAAACUCCAGUGAUGGAAAUCUUGCAGGUGCACUUCCAAAUCCCAUUCAGAAACAAGAUAUUAUUGACUUGUCAAGAGUAUUACCACAUGAUUCAGGUAACAAAAAUGGGAUAAUUGGUGGCGCGAUUGGUGGUGGUAUUGCUGCUAUCUUUCUUGUUGGUUUCUUUCUUUGCUUUGUUUCACGUAGACGAAAAGAAAAGAACCAAAACUCGAGUGAUGUGACAUCUAAUUGGAUACCACUCUCAUUAUAUGAAAACACACACUCUUCAAUCUCAACUGCUAAGACAAACACUACAGGAAGUUAUGCACGAUCUGCACCUUCAAACCUUGGGCGCCAUUUUUCUUUUGCAGAGAUUAAGGCUGCAACCAAUAACUUUGAUGAGGCUAGGCUUCUUGGUGAGGGUGGAUUUGGGAAGGUUUAUAAAGGUGAAAUCGAUGAUGGAAAGACUGAAGUUGCUAUAAAACGAGGGAACCCACUUUCUGAUCAAGGUGUGAACGAAUUUAGGACCGAGAUUGAAAUGCUUUCGAAGCUUCGGCAUCGUCAUCUUGUUUCUUUAAUUGGUUAUUGUGAAGAAGACACUGAAAUGAUCCUUGUAUACGAUUACAUGGCUCAUGGAACUUUAAGAGAACAUCUUUACAAGACACAAAACCUGCCUUUGACAUGGAAGAAACGCCUCGAGAUUUGUAUAGGGGCUGCCAGUGGUCUAAACUAUCUUCAUACGGGUGCCAAGCACACCAUCAUCCACCGUGACGUGAAAACAACAAACAUUCUCUUGGAUAAAAAUUGGGUUGCUAAAGUGUCAGAUUUCGGGCUAUCCAAAACGGGUCCUGCCAUGGACCACAGUCAUGUAAGCACGGUUGUAAAGGGUAGUUUUGGGUAUUUAGAUCCUGAAUACUACAGGAGACAGAAGUUGACUGAAAAGUCAGAUGUGUACUCUUUUGGGGUAGUGCUUUUUGAGAUCUUAACAGCCCGACCUGCUCUGGACCCUGCUCUUCCAAAAGAGCAAGUGAGUUUAGCUGAAUGGGCAUUACAUUCUCACAAAGUGGGCAUGCUUGAUCAGAUUAUUGACCCGUAUUUAAGAGGGAAAAUUGCACCCGAGUGUUUCAAGAUAGUGACUGAAACGGCAGUCAAGUGUCUUGCUGAUGUAGGGACUGAUAGGCCCUCAAUGUGGGAUGUUUUACAUAACCUCAACACUGCUAUAAAGCUUCAAGAGAGCAGAGAUGAUGGGUCAGCCAAUAUGGUAGAUGAAGUCUCUGAUGAGAUGCCACUUAAUGCAAAGUCCAAGAAUAUUGAUGGGAAUUUGACUGACUCAACAAUUAGCAACGGUCUGUCCACGACUCUAGGGGGUCAGAGUCUUGCUACUGUGGAUUCUGAUGGUUUGACGGGGAGUGAUGUUUUCUCUCAGAUUAUGAACCUGAAUGGACGUUAGCUGAAACGGUGAUCUGCUACUGGUUUGCUUGAUCUUUGGCAAGGUGACAUACUUUUUUGCUGAAUGUUGUUGAAGUGGAUGUAUCUAAACGUUAUAAUUUUCAUAUUAAGCUAUAUAAUGAUGAUAUUUAAAUGGA